AUGGACCUGUACGAUGAGCUGCCAAAGAGUGAAUUGUUAGAUACGCUUGAAUUUUCACUGCUUUUAGAGGCUGCAAUACAAUAUAAUGUUUCCUUAGUAGAGUUUAUUUCAUUGAAUGCCAGAGAUUUGGCAAGGCUACUAAGAAGAUCAAUCAAUGAAGUAGCAAAGUUCCAAAGAUUGUUAAUCUUGGAGUUAGAAGCUCAAUUCAAUAAAAAAUCUCAACCAGUUUUGCUGCCAAAGUCGCAAGCUCCUGAACUGUUUAGUACAGGAGAUUUAGGAUUAGAUGAAGCAUUAGGAGGAGGUAUAUACACACAAUGUAUUACUGAGAUUUAUGGUGAAAGUUCAACUGGGAAAUCUCAAUUGGCAAUGUUGUUAUCAUUAUGUGUUCAAUUACCUAAAUCUUUAGGAGGACUUGAAGGGAAAUCAGUAUAUAUAACCACUGAAGGUGACCUUCCAACUGAAAGAUUAGAAGGAAUUAUAAAUUCGAAUGAAACAUUUUCUUCUAAUGGUGUUUCUCAAGAGAAAAUAUUUACAGUUAGUUGCAAUGAUUUAAUCAACCAAGAACAUAUUCUUGAUGUUCAAUUACCAGUUUUGUUAGAUAACAGUAAAGGUUCAAUUAAAGCUAUAAUCAUAGAUUCAAUAUCACAUCAUUUGAGAGUAGAGCUUCAGAGUACUUCAUAUAAAGAAUCUCAGGAAAAUAGGCACUAUAUUGAUAUAUUAGCUGAGAAGUUAUUGCUCUUAGCCAAGAAAUAUAAUGUUGCUGUUAUAGUAACAAACCAAAUUAGUGACAAACCGCUAGUAAAACUUUCAGAACCUAUGCAACAAGAUCUAUUAGACUAUGAAUACCAACUUGGUUGGAUCGUGGGAUGGAAAGAUUCAAGCAUUUUAUAUAGGCAAAGAUAUAACGAACCCACCUUAUCAUCUCAGAAUGAGAUUACUGAGACAGCAAUAUUAUCCGAUGACGAAGACUAUCAGCUAGUGGAGAAAGAAAUGAAAAAACUAAUAAAGGCAGAAGAGAAGAAGUUUUGGUCACACGCUGAUGGUCAAAAUAACAAAGAAGAUACAAAAGAUUCAAAAGCAAAUGUAAAGGAUAGACCUAAAAUUGAAAUUUCUUCAAAUUCUGGACACAAAAGAAAAGUCGAUUCUCGUAUUCCUAACUUAGGACUAUCAUGGUCCAAUCAUAUAUCAACUCGACUUUUGCUGAAGAAAAUGUAUAAGGCCUCACCAAUGGUCAGAAGAGGUGAGAUGCAUUUGUAUAAAGGGAAUGACACAUCUGCAUUUUGGCAAGUGAAGAGAGCAAUGAAAGUCGUUUUUUCAACAUUUGCACCUGAUAGUGAAGUAUCCUACAUGAUUACAAGCAGAGGAAUUGAGUCAGUUCAAUAA